AUGGCUAAAACAUCUAAAACCGUUCCUCUGAAAGAGAAAGCCUCCUCAUCAUCGCGGUCGGCCGGUGGUAGAACGACAGUGCCACCUCGUAUCGAGGAGUGCAUUCCUGGGCCGUGCGAGCUAUCUUCCGAUUUAAAAUCGAUAAGCCUGCAUUAUUUCCAGGUAAAAAAGGAUUGCAAUUGGGAGGAUAAGGAGGUGGUGAUUCCUUCCCCCGAAGAGGAUAUCACCACUCAUGUAUCCAGUACUGGGUCCUGUAGAUCCAGUAAUUCUCGAUUUCUGUCACCAAUAUCAGGUGACACUUGGCCAGAUCUACCCUUCUUUCUGGCGCAUCGUCAAUUUGCUCAGAUGCUAUUCUCUAGCAUCGAUGAGGACAAGGACCGGGGAUGGAUGGGCCGGUUUAUCCGAAUCAAGGCCUCCGACUUAAUUCCUGCCGAAAGGAUGCCAUUCCUCGAGGAAUGGAACAUGAAACCUUCCCCUUGGUUUCCUAGUGCGAUUCCGGAUCUCGCAGGUUGGGUUCGACAACUGGCCUCCACUUUUUCACAUGCAGAACGCUGUUUGCGUGAUUUGGCCAAGGGUCGGUGGGAAGCUAAAAAUCAUGGCCUCGGAGACACUGUUGUUAUGAGGCCGCCACCGCCUGGUGAGGAGAAAACCUCGAAGCCAACCAAAGAGAAGAAAAGGAAAAGGGCUUCGCCAACAACUUCCCUGAAGCCCAAGAAAAAUAAGGCUCGAAAGCCUAGGGCCGAUCCUGCAGCCCUAUCUGCAGAAGCGUUCCAACACCUUCGGGAUGACGAGGAAGAAGGAGAGGAUGCUGACUGCUUGCUGGUAGCUCGGAAGAGGGGGAGCACUGAAGCUUCGAAGGCCACUGAACCGGAAGCGGCUGAUGCGGUUCAAUCUCGAACAGAAGAAAUCUCAGCGGGGAGCUCGAGCAGAGUCCCUGAGCCAUCGGGUGGUAAAAGCGAACCUCGUCUUGGAAGACAUCUGGCGGGUGAACUUGAAGAGCCUAAUUCCGAGGCCCUCCAAAGAGAAGAGAAUGUCCCAAGUGAAUCACUUGGGAUAAUUAGCCUGGAUGAAUCGCCGCCUGGCCCUGUGUUCUCCGAAGGGCAGUUUCGACAUGCCCGGGCCAUGAAGACUCCCGACGCUGUGACGCUCCAUCGACAAGCGUUCUCCAAGUCUCAAGUUGAGCUUGCCCGAUGCGAGGCCAAAAUCAAGAUGUUCGCGGAAGAGAAGGACGGCCUCAAACUCAUAUACGCUCAAAAAGAGGAGGAGAUCGGGGACCUUCGAGCUGACUUAAUGAAGGCUCAUCGAGAACAGACCGAGCUCAUUGAGCAGGCCCAACUGAAGGGCGAGCUGGUGGAGCAGCUUCGAGAGGAGGUCAAGGCGAAAGAGGCCACCCUGGGGUGGACGCAACAUAUGGAUCAUCUUGCUUCGGAGAAGGACACGCUUCGGGCCCAUUUUGUUUCGAUUGAGGAGCUCGAAGCUAAGUCAGCCGCCGAACUUGCAAAGGCUAAAUCUGAGGCGGAGGCAUUUGUGGCCUCUUAUCGAGCUGACGUCGAGGCUGCCAACAUUCGGGCACAGGAGAUCUCUAUUACUGCUGAAGUCAAAUUGUCAUCCACUGUCGAACACACCAGGCAAAAAUCCAGGAGAGAGACUCUCGAGGAAGUGUAUGCUCGUGGCUUUGACCUCUCAACUGAUAUCGAAAAGGCAAAAACUUUAGAGGAUGAGGCUGCCGCUUUACUCUCCAAUGAUGAAGACUCUGCUAGUGAUUCCGAGAGCGGAGGAGAUGAGGAUGGAGUCCCUGAGGAGGAGGUUCUCGAAGAUGUGGCUCCCGAAGAUGCAACCCCUAAAAACAAUACAUUUUUGUUACCACGAGAUAUAUUGGCAGCCGCCGAUCAUUUGAUUGGGCUGAAAUUUGGAAUGGGUGCACUUGACGAUAUGAAUCAUUUGAAAAAUAAACGUAUUCGUUCUGUAGCAGAUCUUUUACAAGAUCAAUUCGGGUUGGCUCUGGUUCGUUUAGAAAAUGUGGUUCGGGGGACUAUAUGUGGAGCAAUUCGGCAUAAAUUGAUACCGACACCUCAGAAUUUGGUAACCUCAACUCCAUUAACAACUACUUAUGAAUCCUUUUUCGGUUUACACCCAUUAUCUCAAGUUUUGGAUCGAACUAAUCCAUUGACACAAAUAGUUCAUGGGAGAAAAUUAAGCUAUUUGGGCCCUGGAGGACUGACAGGGCGCACUGCUAGUUUUCGGAUACGAGAUAUCCAUCCUAGUCACUAUGGACGUAUUUGCCCAAUUGACACAUCUGAGGGAAUCAAUGUUGGACUUAUUGGAUCCUUAGCAAUUCAUGCGAGGAUUGGUCAUUGGGGAUCUCUAGAAAGCCCUUUUUAUGAAAUUUCUGAGAGGUCAACCGGGGUACGGAUGCUUUAUUUAUCACCAGGUAGAGAUGAAUACUAUAUGGUAGCGGCAGGAAAUUCUUUAGCCUUAAAUCGGGAUAUUCAGGAAGAAC